GCGGCAAAAAUAACAGACAAACACCCAAAUUAUGGCCGACUGUGUGCCUUAUGAAUGCCCACAACGAGCGACUCGUCGUCGUCGUCGUCCAUGUCGUGAUCGUGAUGCUGUUUUUAAAAAUUCGCUAAUAGUUUCAAAAUUUUGCUUGGCCAGUUCGGCAAUAACAUUGGAGCUUUGCAUAAUGCAAUAAUAGAACUAAAAAUCGACUAGGGAAAAAAACUAAAUAAAUAACAUAAAACGUAACAAAAAUGAGCCAACGCCAAAGCUAACCUCAAGGAAUCGAACAAACUAAAACUAAGACACAACUGCAGUAUCAGGUAUAUAGAUAUAUUCACGACUGGAUACGCAACUGGAAGAGCAUUAGAGCGAAGUGCGCCAGCAACAUGUCCACAGCAUCCGCCAAGCAGAAGCAGCCACGCGCUGCCACCGAGGAGAGCAUGUCGCCCAAGAAGAUGGGCGUCAUUGCGCUGGUCACUGUGGUCGGCUGCGUGGCCAUCCUAUGGCCAAAGGUAUUCCAUCCCAUGAUGUUUGGCGGCACGCCGCCCAAGCCAAGCUUCAAGGAUCAGCCCCAACGGGGCGUACCAGGCGGUUGUUGUGAUGUCGUGCUUGACAGAGAGCAGUUCAUGAACGCCUCCAAGCCAGCCGUCGAGCCAUUCGGCCCCCAUUUGUAUCGCAAGCAGAUCAAUUUCUACACGGGCGAAAUAAGUCUACGUCAGGAACGGCCCGCCCACCUGCAUCCGGAGUCCAUAUAUCAGGCAAUGCGGGAGCGUGGGCGUGCAAUACCCGCCACGCCCACCGUGCCCAUAGUGGAGCGCAAGAGUUCGCCGAGUAAUCCACCGCCGCGCAUCGUUGACGGACGGCCUGGCCCCAUUCCGGGCAUGCGACCGCCAAUGGGAGCGGGCGCCUUCCACCAGCCACAGCAGCGGGCAGGCAGCAGCAUGGGCUUCCUGAUGCCGCUCUACACGAUCGGAAUUGUGGUCUUCUUCGGCUAUACGAUUAUGAAGAUUGUCUUCAAGAAACAAGUGCCGAAUGCGCCUUAUGGAGCCGCUCCGGCGGAUCCCAGCUUCCGUCGAGAUGUCUUCGAGCAGCAGAAUCACAGUCAGGUGGAGGAUUUGAGUGGCACCAAGCUGGGUUGGCGUGAACAUCAGACAAGAACUGCAACGGCUGCAGCGGCCAAUGGCAGGCAGAACGACAAGGAACUGUACAAGGCCACCUUGUCGGCCACGGAGCUGGCCACGAAUCUGUCGAGCAACCUGAAGGCCCAUCAGCAGCAGUGCCAUGCGCCCAAGUCCCUGGCCGAGGCGGAGAAGGCGUUGUUCAAUAAGGAAACGGAGCAACUGAUGGAAAUUGAAAAGUUACGCAAGAAGCUCGAGGAUACCGAACGCGAGAUGGCAAAGCUGAUUGCCGAAAUGAACACCGAUCAGUAUGAGGCCAAGCAACCAGACGACAUCGAAAAAACGAAUUUGACAAAUGUAGAAAACCAAAACAUUUCCAACGGGCAUACAGCUGGCGACCAGCAGGGUAUCACCAAGUCGAGCAACACCAAUCAACAACAACAACAACAACAACAGCAGCAGCAGCAGAGGAAGAGACGCGACAUCAGCGCUGAGCGUGAAAUGACGGUUCUUGGCAUGGAGCUGACAGCCAGUUGUGAGGGCGGUCACAGGUGGACCGGACGCCCUCCAACACCUGUUUAUCGCGCAUCCAGUGAACAUUCCAAAUUGGAAGAGAAUUUACCUGAGCCGCAGUCCAUUUACUUGGAAGGCGCCUUGGCCCACGACUCGCAAAUUCUGGUCGCCGAUUCGCAAACGAAGCGCGAAGAGGUCUACGACUCUGAGCUGAAUGGAUCAUCUGAGGAGCCGGCCGUCAUACUCAGCAGCAAGAUGACCUUAUCAUUGAUUAAUUUGGAUGCAAAUCAACAAAAUGGUAGCAACAACAAACAGGAAAUCGAGAGUCCCUUGGCUGAUGACAUUGAAAUUAUUGGACACGACGAGCAGUAAAAAGUCUCGCAUACAUAUAGAAUGCAGGCUAUAUAUAUAUAUGUAUAUAUAUAUGCAUAUUUUCAAGCUUAUUUGAAAACAGACAACACACGAUUGAGGAUAUGAGUGAAAGUUAAGCGCGAAUGUUAUGGACUGAUUAAACAGAGCAAAACCCGUUUAGUGAUUUGGCAUUUGAUUUGUAUAUAUAUAUAUGUAUGCGUAUAUAUAUAUGCAAUAGAUGUAUUGUGUGUUUUGAUACCGAUUUUAUUCUCGAAAUCCGUUUGGUUUGUUUUUGUUUUUGCUUUGCAUCUCUGCAUCUGUUCGGUCAAUUGAACAUCUUAAUGUAUGCCAAAAGAAUUCAUUUAAUGGAUAUUCAUACCUCCUAAUUAAAUUACGUGUAUAUUUUUAGUUGAAAUGCAAAUUAAACUAGUCUACCGCCAUCGAUUUAAGCACUAAAGCAUAUUCACUC